AUGUUAAGAAAUUCAAUUCGAUACCUACGACAAGGUCGCCAUUUAUGUAACGGAAUAAUUUACAGGCAUAUUCAUGCUAAACAAUUUAGCGGACUAUCUUAUACAUUAGUAUCGAGAAAUCGAAAAGAAGGAACAAUCAUUAGCACUUGUCAGUGUAGAUCAAUGUUUAUUCAGACUCAAGAUACACCAAAUCCAAACAGUUUAAAGUUUUUGCCUGGCACGAAAGUUCUGGAACCAGGACAGACCCUUGAUUUUCCAAACAUAGGGUCAGCGCAGUGCAGUCCAUUAGCUAAAAUGAUUUUCCGCAUUGAAGGUGUCAAAGCUGUAUUUUUUGGUCCCGAUUUUAUAACGGUGACAAAACAAGAUGAUAAUAUUGAAUGGAAAUUACUAAAACCUGAAAUAUUCGCUACAAUAAUGGACUUUUUUGCCAGUGGCCUACCAAUUGUUACAGAUGCUAAACCUUCAGGAGAUACUCAAAUAAAUGAAGAUGAUGAUGAAAUUGUACAAAUGAUAAAGGAACUACUUGACACUCGUAUAAGACCAACUGUGCAAGAAGAUGGUGGAGAUGUCCUAUUUGUAGAUUUCAAAGAUGGUGUAUUAAGACUCAAAAUGCAGGGGUCAUGCUCAUCAUGUCCAAGUUCCAUCGUGACUUUGAAAAACGGAGUACAAAAUAUGAUGCAAUUUUAUAUACCUGAAGUUUUAGCUGUUGAACAAAUCGAUGAUGAAGGUGAAAAACUUAGUGAAAAAAUAUUCAAAGAAUUUGAACAGCUGAAAACAAAAGAAAACGAG